CUAGUAGAUGCACAGAGACUGCGUUUUGUUGUAGCUAACGAGACUCAAAUGCUGCAUAUAUCGCUCGCUCACCGGAGUUGUGUUUUUGUGUUUGGUUCACGCAUGAAACAUGUGAACCAUCUACAAUAUAUGCUACCGCGCGUACGUAUGCCUAGGCAGUGAAAUUCCACUAGUAGAGUGGUAAAACACACACUUUUCAAGUCUCCAUCAACUCCAUUAUAAAUCUAGCUACCCGGGGUGUCCCUCUCCCCAAUCACCUCAAAAACCUCUCCAGCCCCACCGGUCCACCACCGCCAGCCACCCCACACACACACUCUCUCUCUCUCCAGCCAGCCCCCAACACGACGAGGCAGGAAGGCGCCAUGGCCACCACCCGCGAGGUCUCCAGCAGCGCCGCCGCCAUGUUCCACGUCUACCAGACGAUACCGAUGCCGACGCCAUCGACGGCAGCGGCCGGCGGCGGCGGCGCCAUGGUGUCGGUGUCGGCCCCCGCGAAGCCGGGCAAGAAGGAGGGCGGCGGCAAGGACCGGCACAGCAAGGUGAACGGGCGCGGGCGGCGCGUGCGCAUGCCGAUCGUGUGCGCGGCGCGCGUGUUCCAGCUCACCCGCGAGCUGGGGCUCAAGUCCGACGGCCAGACCAUUGAGUGGCUGCUCCGCCAGGCCGAGCCCUCCAUCGUGGCCGCCACGGGCUCCGGCACCACCCCGGCCGUCUUCGUCUCCUCCUCCGCGCCGUCCACGUCCUCCUCCUCCUCCCACUACCACCACCAGCAGCAGGCCACCGUCGUCCUCGGCAAGCGCCCGCGCGAGGAAGGCGACGCCGCGGGGUCCGUGUUCUGGGCCGCGCUGCCGGCGGCGCCGCGGGCCACGGAGGCCUGGGGCUUCUCGCCGCUGGAGGCGCAGGCGGCGGCGGCCGCGGCCGCGGCGGCGUACGUCCCGAUGGCGCAGGCGCAGGCGCAGCACCACCACCUCAACCUGCUCGCCGCGCUCUCCGGCGCCGCGAGGCGCGCCGAGGAGGAGACCCGGUGACUCCGCCGUGGCUUCUGACACGUACUGCUACCACGUCCGUCGCUCGCGCGCGCUUAAUUAUUUGAUCGCUGUCCGCGUGUUCCUGCAAGCGCUACGUUCUUGAUUCUGUGUGUGUGCUCUUGUGAUUUCCCUUUCACCAGUCCAAGGCAGUGUCCCGUGGUCGAGGUUUGAUGAAAGAUUGCUGUGGUGCUAAAUGUAAAUACGAGUCCUUGCUUAGAUCUUACUGCAUUCUGUGUUGGGUUUUCUGCGCCUUUAUAUUUGGAUUCCAUGGAAUUUGUUUCGGUUAGCAUCAUCUUGUCUGUAUCAGCCCAAUGAGUCAUUUAUUAGUAGUACAAGCAUAAAGCUCAGAUUCUUUUGUGGCCAGGUCA